AGGCGGUCGCGGGGUUGAUGACGUCAAAGCAUCGCGCUGGGGCUUGCCGGCAGCAGCGUGCUGCGGGACCCUGGAGAUGGCGUCUCGGAGCCGGAGACCUGAGCACAGCGGACCGCCAGAGCUGUUUUAUGACCAGAAUGAAGCCCGGAAAUACGUUCGCAACUCACGGAUGAUUGACAUCCAGACCAAGAUGACUGAGCGAGCAUUGGAGCUCCUCUGUUUGCCGGAGGGUCAGCCCUCUUACCUGUUGGACAUCGGCUGCGGCUCUGGACUGAGUGGAGACUACAUCUCAGAAGAGGGGCACUAUUGGGUGGGCAUUGACAUCAGCACUGCCAUGUUGGAUGCUGCCUUGGACCGAGACACAGAGGGAGACCUGCUGCUAGGGGACAUGGGCCAGGGAGUCCCUUUCAGACCAGGUUCUUUUGAUGGCUGCAUCAGCAUCUCAGCUGUUCAGUGGCUCUGCAACGCAAACAAGAAGUCGGACGUCCCUGCCAGGCGUCUCUACUGCUUCUUUUCGUCCCUGUACUCUGUCCUCGUCCGCGGGGCCCGAGCCGUCCUGCAGCUGUACCCUGAGAACUCGGAGCAGCUGGAGCUGAUCACAACGCAGGCCACAAGGGCAGGCUUCACCGGUGGCGUGGUGGUGGACUUCCCCAACAGUGCGAAAGCCAAGAAGUUCUACCUCUGUCUGUUUUCUGGGCCUUCCACCUCCCUGCCAAAGGGGCUGACGGAAAGUCAGGAUGCAGACCGGGCCACUGAGUCCGUUUUCACCAGUGAAAGGGUGCCACACAAGAAGGCACGGCGGGACCUGGUGAAGAAGAGCCGGGAGUGGGUCCUAGAGAAGAAGGAGAGGCGCAGGCGCCAGGGCAAGGAGGUCAGACCCGACACCCAGUACACUGGCCGAAAGCGCAAGCCCCGCUUCUGAGAGCUCUGUAUCUAAUCAAAUGGAGAGUCUGGCCACCCACACCUGCAUCCAGUCCUGCAGGUGGGGCCUGGCCACCCACACCUGCAUCCAGUCCUGCAGGUGGGACCUGGCCAUCCACACCUGCAUCCAGUCCUGCAGACGGGGCCCUGGCCACCCACACCUGCAUCCAGUCCUGCAGAUGGCCCUGGCCACCCACUCCUGCAUCCAGUCCUGCAGAUGGCCCUGGUCACCCACACCUGCACCUCGUCCUGCAGGUGGGACCUGGCCACCCACACCUGCAUCCAGUCCUGCAGGUGGGACCUGGCCACCCACACCUGCAUCUCAUCCUGCAGAUGGCCCUGGCCACCCACUCCCUUCAGUGGUUGGUAGCUGUCCAACCCAGGACCUGCCUCUGAGGAAUUUUCUAGAUUGAACUGUUUACCUCAGCAGCUAGCAACAUAGUAUUUUAGAAAAGUUGCGAAUUUCUCAAAAUAUUUUUUUCACUAAAAGUGUUCCAAGGAUUUGGGUUUGGCAGCCCAGAUCCUGAAAUCCCAACACCCUCUGGGAGGCUGAGGCAGCAAGAUGGAAAGUUCCAGGCCAGUCUGGGCUGCAGAGCAAAAAAUCUGUCUGAAAAAACUAAAAAGAAAAAAAAUUUCUAAGGAUGUUUAUUUUGUCUUAAAUGCAUUAAAUAACUUUCUAAGUAA